AGACAUGGAGGAGCUAAGCGCCGUGGGAGAGCAGGUUUUUGAUGCGGAAUGCAUUUUAAACAAACGACUGAGAAAGGGAAAGUUGGAGUUCCUUGUGAAGUGGAGGGGAUGGUCAUCCAAACACAACAGUUGGGAACCCCAAGAAAACAUCCUCGACCCCAGACUGUUGGCCGCUUUCAACAAGAAAGAACAAGAAAAGGAGCUGCUGUUGCGUAAACGAGGGAAGAGACCAAGAGGACGACCACGAAAAAUCCUUGAAAAUGUGCCUGAAGCUCCAAAGUCGAGCAGCUCCUCAUCUGGCUCGUCGUCGUCCUCCUCUGAUUCCUCCUCCUCGUGCUCCUCCUCUUCAUCCUCGUCAGACGACGACGACGACGACGACGACGACGACAGCCACGUUAAACAAGCAAACCCGGCUGUCAGAACACGAGACCUUCACCCUGUCCCGCAGAAGAAAGCACAGAUUGUCAUGGCGAAACAGGAGCCGGCCAAAAAGCGGCGCAGAAAACCUCUGCCCCCUGAAGCGAAGGAAUUUCAACCGGCCAAGGGCCCUCGCAAAAUCCUCAAGACAUCCAAAGAUACUGAUCUUCCCGGAGCAAUCAAGAAGCCUGUUCACCCGGCCAGCUUCACGUUUAUGGGUUUCCAUCGGGGCUCAGCCAGGGAUACAGUGGGUGGUCAGAACAGGAGCUCUAUGGCCCAGGGAGGGGCUAUUAAAAACUCCAUGAGCUCUGUGGGAUCUGGCAGGUCAGCCCAGCCUUCCCCCCUCUCUCUGAACAAAUCCAGCCAAAGCAGGAAUGUCACCGAGGGUAAACUGUCCAUCUCCAGUAUGAGCAGCGAGACAAGUCUGGAUUUGAAAGCAGCUGCUAGUAAAUCAAAAGGGGUCGCAGCGUUGAAUUUGAAUACAUCCAAACACCCCAUUCAAGGAACCACUCAGCAUACACUGAGCUCUCCCAACGGACAAAAGAAACCUCAGACCCCUGUGUCAACACUGCAGAGGAUACCCAAUACUAAAGCGGUGGCUUCCUUACCAUCGAAGAACGCCUCCGCCAAUCAAGGUUCUGGUCUUCAGCCGCUCAAUCUUCAGAAUAAACGGGUGCAGGGUAAAGACGCUCCUGGAAACGGCACUCCACCAGCAUCAGGUCUGAGAAACGCAACAAACCCAACACGGAAAACUACUGUUACCCAAAAUCAGGAGUACAAACCCCCCCAGAGUCCAGCUACCCCUGGAGGACUGCAGGCCAGGAAGAACCAGUCCGGAGCAGACAAAGUUAAAGAUAAGACGACUGAAAUCCAGACCUCGAGAGCCCAGAGCAGACUGGAGAAGAGCGGUGUGCAUAAACCCUCCACAGAGGUCCAGAGCCAGCAAGAGAGGUCGGCGUCCAAAGAUGGCAAGAAAGGCAAAAUGAACGAAAUGAGCACAGGCGAAGAGGAGAGCAGCUCAGAUUCCGACCAGGACUCCUCCUACGCCGUUCAGGAUCGUUCGGUGAUGGUCCAGAACCAGGACUGGAAGCCCACACGCAGCCUGAUAGAGCACGUGUUCGUCACGGAUGUCACGGCUAAUCUAGUCACUGUCACAGUCAAAGAGUCGCCCACCAGCGUUGGCUUCUUCAGCAUCCGAAACUACUGACGGGACACGAGACAAAACAAACUGUCUGGCAUCGAAGCAGAAAGAUAAAACUUUUGGGGCGGAGGAACGCAUCAGGACACGGAGGUUAAUUUGCUCUUCAUCUUCGAUUUUUAGCUAAACCAUGAAUGGGGGGAAAAAAAGGGGGGGGGUGAACUGUUGGUUAUUGAUGAUGGUAAUUUAUUUACUUAUGUCUACUAAAAUGUUAAAGAAACAUCAGCGAAGGAAAGAAGGAAGGGCAGUGACUUUUUAAUCGUAAAGCUUAAAGCCCACAGAGAUGCAAGGGUUUGCAAAACAGACUGGCCUAAUAAUUUCGUGGUUGCAGCGGGUCCAAAAUUACAGCUAUUGGGAGUUCUUCGGAAUAAAUAACUCACGGUCAAGAACUUAGUUGAAAGGAAUAAGCAAAAUCGAUGACCUUUUUCAAAUGUUCUCAGUCAGUAAGUAGCAGAACUUCACAAUAGUUUUCUUUCACUCUGAUUUAAAAAGAAAGAUCUGCAGGCCCACUGUCGACGACCACUGGAUGUAGGUCGGUUUAAUCUAUGCGAAAAAUAUGAAUGAAUCUCUUGCUUCCCUGUUAAUGAGAUGAU